GCUUAUGAGCAGAAGAGAGUAAAGAACCCAAACCAUGAUACGAGAGCUGGUGAUCGUCCAACAGAAAGUUGGACUGAACCAAUCCUCAGACACAAUCAUUAUACUUUGACCUUCCUCACGCCAUCAAGAUAUCAAAGUCUUCCACCGAAUACACCUUUAUAUCGAACUUUACUUUAACCCAUAUUGCUACCUUGAUGUUAAUUAGCUCUCCAAAAUCCUCCACGCUCCAUGAAAUAUUGUUAAACACUAGAUCGUUCCUUGCCAACCAUAGAGACCAAGUUGUGGCAUGGAAUGUUGUUUCCCAUUGAUGUUUCUCCAAAAUAAAACAAAUAGAAUCCCAUGCCCAGUUGCAUUUGUUUUGGCAAGAUAAGAUAGAAUCCGAGUUGGGUUUUGGGUUUAAGACUUGGUAGCAGUGUCUUCCUUUUCUUUAUUUUUUGGUUGAUAGGAAAAGGUUUCGUUUUUUUGCCGCAAGAGGUAUUCUUUACUCUUUAGUGCCCAAUUUGCAUUUACUUCUUUUGCAAUACAGAUAAUUUUAAUUGGGUUUUGAGUUCACUUGGUGGCAGUGUUCCUUGCCCAUCAUAUUGGAUUGGUUCAUUGGAAACUGAGGGGUGCCUCUAACUUUGGGGCCAAUUGGUGAGCUGGGUUUUCAUUUCGAGGUGAAUUUAGAAGGAUUAAGUAUACAGUUUGGUGUUGAUAAGAGGAGGGGGGAAGAGGAGAUGAGAUGAGAGAGAGAGCUGAGGAGGGAUUGGGGAGACAACAGUGACAACAAUGUCAUCGGGUAUUCGUAAUUCAGGAAGCAAUGGAUCAUUGCAACAGUUUCAUCUGUUGGCGAUGUUGGCGAUUCAGACCGCGCCUCCCUUAUCUGCCCGUAAGGCUUUUUCUAAGAUGUCCAAAGAGAAGGAGAGUUUGUUCCAUUGGAUCUGUAAAUUCACCGGCUGCAAGAAGGUUGGAAUGCUGCUCUUGUGUCUUGUCUCUGCUGCAGUUUUUGGAUGGGUUUUGUAUGUUGGCAAAGGUGAAGAUUCUCAAGAACGCGACCGUAUCGAGAGCAUUAGACUUGACAAUACCUUGAGCUUUCCUGGAUCAUUGCCCACACAUAUGGAGCAAAAUAAUGAUAAUGGCAUCAUUUCAUCUACACAGAAUUAUGUGGAAAGUAAUCAAAGUAGAUUGCAACCUCCUGCAUUUUUUACAGGAUACACUCUUCCUCCAGGGAAUCCAUGUGAAACUUUCACAUUGCCUCCCCCUCCAGCAGAUAAAAAAAGGACUGGACUUCGUCCAUGUCGAGUAUGUUAUCUACCGGUUGAAGAAGCAAUUGCGCUAAUGCCAAAUUCCCCAUCAUUUUCUCCCGUACUCAAACAGUUAACCUAUAUUCAUGAAGAAAAUCUAAGUAGAAGUGAGUUUGGAGGGUCAGAAUUUGGUGGAUAUCCAUCUCUGUUGCAAAGGAAUGAUUCUUAUGAUAUACGAGAGUCAAUGAAUGUGCAUUGCGGAUUUGUCAGAGGAAUUAAGCCUGGACGUCAAACAGGAUUUGAUAUUGAUGAUUCUGACCUCCUUGAAAUGGAGCAGUGUCGUGGGAUUGUUGUUGCCUCUGCAAUUUUUGGAGCCUAUGAUUUGGUACGACAACCAAAAAGUAUUAGUGAAGCUGCCAAGGAGAAUGUUUGCUUCUUUAUGUUUGUGGAUGAAGAAACGGAACUAUUUCUGAGACAUUCUAGUCGGCUGGAUAACAACAAGAAGCUUGGAUUGUGGAGAACUGUUGUUGUGUAUAACCUUCCUUAUACUGAUCCUAGACGCAAUGGGAAGAUUCCGAAGCUUCUACUGCAUAGGCUUUUUCCCAAUGUCCGCUUUUCUCUCUGGAUUGAUGGAAAACUUCGGCUAGUUGUGGAUCCAUAUCAAAUCCUUGAAAGGUUCUUGUGGAGAAAAAAUGCCAGUUUUGCAAUAUCCAGGCACUUUACACGCUUUGAUGUGUUUCUGGAAGCACAGGCUAAUAAGGUUGCUGGGAAGUAUGAUAGUGCCUCUAUUGACUUCCAGACUGAAUUUUACAAGAUGGAGGGUCUAACCCCAUACUCUAAGGCCAAGCUUCCCAUUACAAGUGAUGUUCCUGAAGGAUGUGUGAUAAUAAGAGAGCAUAGUCCUAUCUCCAACCUCUUUACUUGUCUUUGGUUCAACGAAGUUGACCGUUUUACUUCCAGAGACCAGAUUAGUUUUGCUAUUGUAAGGGACAAGAUUGCGUCAAAGACAAAUUGGACUAUCAAUAUGUUCUGGGGUUGCGAGAGACGGAACUUUGUAGUUCUGGGGCAUCAUAGAAAUGUUCACUGGGCUCCUCCUCCUCCUGGUUCUUCAGCUAUCGUUCAUCCCCCACCACCUUUUGUUGAUCAAACACCAAAUAAGACGACACCCGAGAUUUCUACAGAAGUUAUUUUAAGUCCUCCAAUUAAGUAAAUCCUGGCAAAGCGGGGUAAAGAAAAGAAAUCCAGUUCCAAGCGUCACCGCAAGGUUGCUGCGGGCAGUAGGGAAAUCAGUUCCACAAAAGAUUUUUGUUUUAGGCAAAUUUACAGUUAUUUUCCUUCCCUAUUUAAAAUCAUACUAUGGGGCUGGGAAUAUAGGCAGGAUGAGAGCUUGGUAGUUGUGUUUCUACACAACAUAUCUCUUCUUUUUGCAAUUUUUUGUUUUUUUGGUUUAUUAAAAGCUACACAACAUACCUCAUUUGAGGGAGCCCAUUUUCGUUUUUUACAGGAGUUUAUUGUAUUGGACCUUGGUUAUUAAUGAAAAUAUUGGUUUUACUUUGUCCUUGAUAAA